CAGCACAAGUGACAGGAGUUCUUUUUCGCAAAACUCGAACAUAACAAACGAAAGGAAUGGACAUAAAAGUUGCUCUAAAAUUUCCACAAAUCCUUUAGUCUUCGACUGUUUACCUCGGUCGAAUCCGUAUCAAAAGUAAAUUGAUAUCAUGCCUGGUUCCGACGAUUUACUGAAACAAAAACUUUGGAAGACAUUCAACCUCAAGCACUUCGUAAACACAAAACAAAAGGAAGCAGUCAAGGCAAUACUAAAGCGAAACCAAGAUGUGGUUAUAUCAAUGGGACCGGGUAACCGAAAGUCAUUGUGCUUUCAACUGCCGAGCAUUAUGUUGGAAAAUAAGAUCACAAUUGUGUGCUCAGCAUCCACAUCGUGGAUCAAGGACCAGAUCUACUAUCUGAAGAAGAGCAAAAUCAGUGCCACAUCAAUCACAUCACAAUUAAGCGACAAUGAGCGAGAACGGCUAAACAAGGAUGUAGCAAACGAUAAGCCAAUGACUCGUUUCAUUUAUAUUAAACCGGAACUGGUGUCUAGCGAGUUUUUUACCAGCAUUCUACAGACCCUGAGCAACAACGAUAAAUUGGCGUACUUUGCUGUCGAUGAUGCUCAUCUUGCCAGCCCACAGCUGCAAGACUUCUGUCAAGACUACCUAAAAUUCGGUUCACUUCGGCCGGCCUAUCCUUCAGUUCCGUGCAUCACAUUAACGCAUAAUGCUUCGGCCGAUGUUCGGAACGAUAUCGUACGAAACUUACAACUACGCGAACCGGUCGCGACAUUUACGAAAUCGACGUUCCGCAAGAAUAUCCACUACGACAUCAUUUUCAAAAAUACGAUUCUGACCAACCUAUUCGCUCAUCUGAAAAAUUUCUUGACGUUCCGCCUUGAUGAAAGUGACGACGAUGCCAAGAAACCGGGCGGAAUCAUUUACUGCAAAAACCGAGACACUGUGGAUAUGGUGGCUGCAAAACUGACGGAAGUUGGGUUUCCAACCAAGACACAUCACGGCGGGAUGCCGAGCGGCGAAAGGAAAAAAGUACUGGAUGAUUGGCUAACUGGUGCGCUACCGGUUAUUGUGGCGACAACCAGCUUCGGUGCUGGCAUAGAGAAAUCUGGAGUUCGAGUCGUUGUCCAUUUUGACGUGCCGCAAAGCAUAGCCGGCUUUUACAGAGAAUCGGGCAUAGCCGGACGAGAUGGCAAAUUGUCGUACAGCCGAAUCUAUUAUUGCAAAUCGGAUGUGGCGGAAGUUGAUUCGACGUUGAAGAGUGCCAUUGGUAAAUCAAAGAACGAAAAUGCCAAACGUAAGGCGUUACGAGCACACGCAGACUUUCUGAAAAUGUCCGAUCUCUGCGAAACGGUUGACUGUCGCCACAAAAUAUUUUCCAAUUAUUUUGACGACAUCGAGCCGAACUGCAAAGACAAGUGCGAUGUGUGCACGAAUCCGGAGGAGGCGAAAGUGGCAUUGGGACUUUUCCACAAAUUUUCGGCACCGCCGACACGGGACAAUAAUGGCUUCGACAUGGUGGCAUUUAGUCCAGUAAUAAUCAAAUCUGAGCCACACCAUCCGGCGAACGGUCAAUCGUCAGAUCAUCCAGAAUUGGGAACUCUGCCAGCAAGAAGCGUUAGUCCAGCGAACACAGUUAUUAAGGAAGAAAAUGCAGCAAUGGGUAACCGAGCAAAUUAUUCGAAACUCGGUGACGCAAUGAAAGCUAAGCCUCCGGGAAAUGUUAGUCCAGCUAGAACCGUAAUCAAAGAAGAGCCAGUGAACAGAAAAGAGCCAAAUCAUGACAAUCUGAACAAUUCAAGUGCCUUAGGAGGUGACAGAACGGUACCUUUACGCUGUGUUAGUCCAGCAGAAACGUUGAUCGACGAAAAACCGUACCGGAGUGACGACCACUCUGCAGUACUGAGUGAUGAACUCUUCGCAAUGAAAACUUUACCUACCGGAAAUGUCAGUCCAGCUAGAACAAUGGUAAAAGAAGAACCGCACCGGAGUUGCGACCACCGACUGAGUGACGAACUCUUUGCAAUGCAAACGUUGCCUCCGGGAAACGUCAGUCCAGCUAGAACAAUGGUCAAAGAAGAACCGCACUGGAGUACUGACCACCGACUGAGUGAUGAACUCUUCGCAAUGCAAACUUUGCCUCCGGGUAACGUCAGUCCAGCUAGAACAAUGGUAAAAGAAGAACCGCACCGGAGUACCGACCACCGACUGAGUGACGAACUCUUUGCAAUGCAAACUUUGCCUCCGGGAAAUGUCAGUCCAGCUAGAACAAUGAUCAAAGAAGAACCGCACCGGAGUACCGACCACCGACUGAGUGAUGAACUCUUCGCAAUGCAAACUUUGCCUCCGGGAAAUGUCAGUCCAGCUAGAACAAUGGUUAAAGAAGAAAAAGAAGACGAGCUGAGCGGAACAGAUCCACGUGAUGAAAACGGUGCUGGUGGUUCAAUUGUUUUGGGCGAGGACAGUAAAGCUGGAAUUAGGCUUCUUUCACCUGGACGUUGUGCUACUCCGAAAGCAACAAUUGCAGAUCCGGUUGUGGAUACGACAACGGUUGUUCGUACAACGGUUCCUGGAGGAGCUGAUGCAGAGUACAUCAGUGCGGUGAUCAUUAAAAGCGAACCAAAGAGUCCGGUGAGACCGAUUGAUGAAAGCGACAGAGAACCAGUUUCUAAUCCGAUAACAACAGCUGGUACUAGCAAUGCAACAUCAGGCAUCAGCUCUGUUCUUACAGUCAUAAAGCGAGAAGCACCCGAAACAAAAUCCACUGAUGCUAGAAAUGGAACGACUUCCGAUCGAGAAUCACGCAGUCCAAGUCCAACCGGAACCAUUGUGAAAGAUGAAUGUCUGAGUCCAGCAAGAAACAGAGACUUUGACGGUCUGGAGAAUAUCUCCGACUCCGAUCAAGAUGAUGAAGGCAGUUCCAAACUAUUGAACGUAAAUGAUAAACGGAGCAGAGCCAGAGAUCGAAAUACCGGAACAGCCAAAUCGCGUACUAAAUUAGAAUCCACGACAAAUCCACCAGCCCAAAACGUGGAACUGAUAGUUUCAUCAUCUGAGCCUGAAGAUGUGUCAUCCGAAAUUGUAGACUUCCGAGAGAAAAGCCGUUCGACCAUUGUCGAUCGUAGCAGUGCAUCUCGUCUACGUAAGCGGACUGAAGAUGGUUCAAGAAGACGAUCCAGAAGUCGUGCGAGAAGCCGAUCCAGAAGUAACGAACGACUUAAACGUGAAAAUAAACGCCGAAGACGUAGCCGAAGCAGUGAUCGACUGAAACGCGAAAAAAAUGUUCGAAGACGAUCACGGAGUAGCAGUCUGUCGAGUCGACGAUCGCACAGUCCAAGUUUGUCCAGGCGAAGAUCUCGCAGCAGAAGCAACGAACGAUUUAAUCGUAAAAAAGGCCGCUCGCGUCGGUCACGUAGCAGAAGUCGAUCCAGAAGCAACCAAAGACUUAAGCGCGAAAGAGAUGUUAGACGACGCUCACGCAGUCGAAGUGUGUCCAGUCGACGAUCACGAAGCCAGGAACGAUUGAAACGCGAAACGGAAAACCGGAGACGAGGCAGGAGCAAUGAACGUGAGAAAAGUGUUGAUCGGAAACCUUCAUCAUCGUCGUCGAACAGCAAACGGGUACAAACGACUUCGAAGUCUGGGCAAACAAGUAAACGAUCACGGCACUCCAGUGAUAGUGACACCGACCGAACACCGAUGCCAAGUACCUCAUCGAAAAGCAAUCAAAAGUACGACUCCCGAUGGUCACACCGACAAUUUUCUAUGUCGCCGGAAGGGACCCAACGUCGAUCAGAACGUGAAGACGAUCAAAACGAUGAUGCACCAGACUAUGGAUGGGAGGAUCCGGGACCUCCGAAACCGAAACUCGAAAAGCAACCAAAUUCUGCGUUGAAUGGCCUACAGCAACACCUGCAGGAUUUCGCGACCAAACUCCAAAACGAAUAUGACCUCGAUGUUAUCCAUGCAGCGCAAAUGAAACUGAAUCGUGCUAUCGAUGAAGAAAAGUCCAAACAAACGAAGAGAAAAUUGGACGAUCUGACCGAUACCAUUAAGAAGAAGCAAAGCGAUUACUUUGAGAAACUGUUCGGCACCACCAAUUUUGACGACUGGGUGGACGAUCCGGCCCUCAGCAAUGUGGACAAUGCCAAAAAACUGCAACCAUUCAAAGCAUCUGUUCCAGAUGAUCUUCCGCUGCACGUCAAAAUGUCCAUGAAGCAUGAAGUUACCGCGAUGAAACUCAGGCCAACUCGAGCUGGCAAUGGGCUCGUGUUCUCCGGACGCAUUAGGGAAAUCGAAAAUGAGUUUCAGGGUCAGGAGGUUCCGCGUUAUUUGCUGGAAUCAAUUAAGCAGGAGAAGGAAGUGAUCUUCGAGUUGGUGAAAAAGUACCUGUUGCCAUACUACAGAGAUGCACGCAUCCAGACGAAGGAAUUGUUUAUGGUUGUGGCUCAGAAGAUUUGUCACCACUUUUACGAAAAUGCUGCAGAUGAGAACACUAUUCGACGAUAUGUGGACGAUAUGUUCGCGAAACGUGGGUCAAUCACGACGUCCACCGAUCUGGCAUGACUUUCUAGUAUUUAGGAUCCGAAAUUGUUUAAAAAAAACAUUUUUUUACACUAAAAAAAUUUGAAAUUA